GCUCAGGCGGCGGGGGGGCCGCCCGUCCCGGACCGCGCCGCCGCCACGCUCGGCCGCGCCGCCCUCCGGCGGGGGGAACCCGCGCAGCGCCCGGGACGCGCUCCCCGGCAGAGGAGCGGCGAGAGCGGGGCCCGCGGGAAGCAGCCGCUGCUCGACUGGUUCCGCCCCCUCCGUGUCGCUGGGCCUCCGGCCCCUACCGGGCGGUCUCUGCCGAACCGGGAGGCGGCGGAGGGUGCGGGGAGGCGCGGCGGGAGCCGGGGUGCCGGCCGGCGGGGCGGCGCGGACCCCGCAGCCGGGGCUGCAGCUGCUGCUGCUGUUGCUGCUGGCGGGGAGGCGGGGGGCCCGGGCCGCUCUGGAUGGUGGUUAAAAUGAUCAUAGAAAACUUCGAGGCGCUGAAAUCCUGGCUCAGCAAAACCUUGGAGCCCAUAUGUGAUGCAGAUCCAUCUGCCCUAGCUAAAUAUGUUCUGGCUUUGGUAAAGAAGGAUAAAAGUGAAAAGGAGCUGAAGGCAUUGUGUGUUGAUCAGCUGGAUGUAUUUCUUCAGAAAGAAACUCAGAUAUUUGUGGAAAAAUUGUUUGAUGCUGUGAAUACAAAAAGCUACCUACCUCCACCAGAACAGCCAUCAUCAGGAAGCCUGAAAGUAGAAUUUUUUCAGCACCAAGAAAAGGAGACAAAAAAAGAGGAGAUAGUUAAAGAGGAAGAACGAGAGAAAAAGUUCUCUAGAAGAUUAAAUCACAGCCCUCCUCAGUCAAGUUCUCGCUACAGAGACACCAGAAGUCGCGAUGAAAGGAAGAAAGAUGAACGUUCUCGGAAGAGGGAUUAUGACCGAAAUCCUCCCAGGAGAGAUUCCUAUAGGGAUCGGUACAACAGACGGAGAGGGAGGAGUCGGAGCUACAGCAGGAGUCGAAGUAGGAGUUGGAGCAAAGAGAGGUUGCGGGACCGUGAUCGAGACCGGAGCAGAAGCCGGAGCAGAACGCGAAGCAGAGGUACCAACAGUUGGUCUCUAAAAUACGAAAGGGAUUUGGGAAAGCCAAAAUAUGACAUGGAUAGAACAGAUCCAUUAGAGAACAAUUAUACUCCAGUUUCUUCGGUGACAAAUAUUUCAUCUGGCCACUACCCUGUCCCUACACUGAGCAGUACUAUUACUGUUAUUGCCCCUGCUCAUCAUGGAAAUAACACUACUGAAAGUUGGUCGGAGUUCCAUGAAGAGCAGCUGGACCACAACUCCUAUGGAAGACCUCCGCUGCCAAAGAAACGCUGUAGAGAUUAUGAUGAGAAGGGUUUCUGUAUGAGAGGAGACAUGUGCCCUUUUGAUCAUGGAAGUGAUCCAGUAGUGGUAGAAGAUGUGAAUCUUCCUGGCAUUCUGCCUUUUCCAGCACAACCCCCUGUUGUCGAAGGACCACCUCCUCCUGGACUUCCUCCCCCUCCACCAAUUCUGAGUCCUCCUCCUGUUAACCUUAGACCUCCAGUACCACCACCAGGCCCCUUACCACCUAGCCUUCCACCUGUAACAGGACCACCCCCUCCCCUUCCACCAUUGCAACCUGCUGGCAUGGAUGCCCCCCCAAACUCCGCAACCAGCUCAGUUCCUACUGUUGUUACCACGGGAAUUCAUCACCAGCCGCCUCCUGCUCCACCCUCUCUUUUUACAGCAGGUGUAGUACUGAGGCUUUGCCCACAAGAAGCGUAUGACACAGAUGGCUAUAAUCCAGAAGCUCCAAGUAUAACAAAUACUUCAAGACCUAUGUAUAGACAUAGAGUACAUGCCCAAAGACCAAAUUUGAUAGGACUCACAUCAGGUGAUAUGGAUCUACCACCCAGAGAAAAACCUCCAAAUAAAAGUAGUAUGAGAAUAGUGGUAGAUGCUGAAUCCAGAAAAAGAACAAUUGGUGCAGGGGAUGGAGGAGUUCCUACAAAGAAGACUUGGUUUGACAAGCAAAAUUUUAACAGAACAAAUAGUCCAGGUUUCCAGAAGAAAGUGCAGUUUGGAAAUGAAAAUACGAAACUUGAAUUGAGAAAAGUUCCCCCAGAUCUUAACAACAUCAGCAAACUUAAUGAGCACUUCAGUAAGUUUGGAAACUUAGUCAACUUGCAGGUUGCAUAUCAAGGUGAUCCAGAAGGUGCCCUUAUUCAGUUUGCCACACAUGAGGAAGCAAAGAAAGCUAUAUCAAGUACAGAAGCAGUAUUAAAUAAUCGUUUUAUUAAAGUUUAUUGGCAUCGAGAAGGCAGCGCACCACAAAUCCAGACUACUGCCCAGAAGGUGAUCCAGCCCUUAGUGCAGCAGCCCACUUUGCCUGUAGUGAAGCAGUCGGUGAAGGAGCGGCUCGGCCCAGUACCUGCGAGUAAUAUUGAACCUGCAGAAGCACAGGGGGCCAACACAGAAGUCGCCCAGAAUGUGACUAAAUUAUCUGUGAAGGAUAGACUGGGUUUUGUGUCAAAGCCAGUUACUCCAACAACUGAAAAGGUUUUAUCUACUUCUACUGGCUUGACAAAAACUGUGUACAACCCUGCUGCUUUGAAGGCAGCACAGAAAUCUUUGCCUGUUGUUUCCACUUCCGUGCUAGACUCUAAUGAAGCACAGAAGAAAAAACAGGAAGCAUUGCGACUUCAACAAGAUGUAAGGAAAAAGAAGCAAGAAAUCUUGGAGAAGCAUAUUGAAACACAGAAGAUGCUGAUUUCAAAGUUGGAGAAGAAUAAAGCCAUGAAGUCAGAAGACAAAGCAGAAAUCAUGAAAACACUGGAAAUUUUGACUAAUAGCAUAACCAAGUUAAAGGAUGAAUUAAAGGGUGUAUCACCAGGAGGAGGGACUCCUUUAAAAAGCAUGAAAACUAAAACUCAGAUGCAGAAGGAGUUACUAGAUACUGAACUGGAUUUGUACAAGAAGAUGCAAGCUGGGGAGGAAGUUACUGAAUUAAGACGGAAAUAUACAGAACUGCAGCUGGAAGCUGCCAAGCGAGGGAUUCUCUCUUCAGUUCGCGGUAGAGGGGUUCACGUGAGAGGCCGGGGUGCAUCGCGCAGCAGGGGCAGAGGAAUUCGGGGCCGGGGGAGAGGCAGAGGAGUUCCUGUGCACGCGGUGGUGGAUCAUCGGCCCAGGGCACUGGAAAUCUCUGCCUUCACCGAAAGCGACAGAGAAGAUCUUCUGCCUCAUUUUGCGCAAUAUGGUGAAAUUGAAGAUUGCCAGAUAGACGACUCUUCUCUCCAUGCGGUGAUUACUUUUAAAACAAGAGCAGAAGCUGAAGCUGCUGCAAUUCAUGGAUCUCGAUUCAAAGGACAAGAGCUAAAGUUGGCAUGGAACAAGCCUGUUGCUAGUAUGUCAGCUAUUGAAACAGAAGAAGCUGAACCUGAUGAAGAAGAAUUUCAGGAAGAAUCUUUGGUAGAUGACUCACUGCUUCAAGAUGAUGAUGAAGAGGAAGAGGAGAAUGAAUCUCGUUCAUGGAGAAGAUGAUUCAACUGAUCAACGACAAUGCUAGAACUGCACCUGUGUUGCAUUAGUAUUACCUAAUGUACUUCUGCAUCUUUGUAUUAAAAGGGGUUUUGUGAUGAAGUUGGAUUCAGAUGUAGAUUAAAAAGCAGCUGGUCAGUUAUACAUUUUGAGAGAUUGAUGUUUGAGUUACAUUUCAGUAAAUGAUUGCUAAAGACAUCAUACUAGGAACAUAUGCAAUGUUUUUAUUACAUAGUUCUACAGAAAGUUACAGAAUUCUUUGGGUUCUUUGUAAUUUACUGAAUUGGUCAAACACAAAUGACCAAAAGUUGUUAUAACAUAGAUAAUUUUUGUUCUAUUCCAGAUACGGAAUGAAAAUUUGCAUUUAAAAUCUUUGUGAAUGUUUUCAGAAAUGAAUAGAUAACAGUACUAAACUGAAGUCUCUAAAGUUAUGUAUUCAUAAUAUUACAUAGUAGUAUGCUUAGGCUUUACUAUGUACUAGCCUUUUGUUGGAUUUGUGUACGUAUUUUACCUAUGGGUUUUAAUGAUAAAGUGUAUGACUGCUUUGCAUAUAAGUCCUUAUGACUUUAAGAUGUUAAAAAAAUAAAGAAAUGGAAUGGUCUUAAAAAAAAAAAAAAGAAAAAGAAAAAAAAAGCAAUAACCAAAAAAGCUAAGGCAAUGGUCCUUCAUGAUGAAAAAAAGAAAAAAAAAAAAAGAAAAAAAAAAAAGACAAAAGACCAUUCCAAAUGGCAACCCCCACCCCCAUGUUCACAAAAGGAGCUUGAAUCACUAUCACUUACACUAAAAUAAUACUGAAUAUAUAAAACCAACUUAAUCGUGUUUUAUCUACAUUAACACAUGGUUUACUCUUUUGGAUGUUCUGAAUUUAAAGUGAUGCGAGUCAAAUCUCAAAUAGAAUAAUACUCCAACAAUAAGGAUUUUUUUUAUAUCUGUACUGUGCAA